AUGGCAUCAAGAACUUCUCCAUUCAAUUUAUCAACAUGCGCUCGGUCAAAUAUUCUCCAAUUGCAGCCUUACCGUUGCGCUAGAGAUGACUACAAAGAUGAUGGGACGAACGUCCUCCUUGACGCCAACGAAAAUGCCUAUGGCCCAGGACUGGCAUUAAACAACGAGGGCGCCCUUCAGACCUCCCACACCGGUAACGCGACAGGAGCCUCCAAACCGGAGAUUGACUUCCUAGGCUUGAACCGAUACCCCGACCCUCACCAGAUCGAGCUCAAGCAACUUUUCUGCAACCUCCGCAAUACCCACCACCACACACAAAAAACCCUCAAGCCAGAGAACCUCUUCGUGGGCGUUGGAUCCGAUGAAGCCAUUGACGCACUGCUACGAUGCUUUUGUAGGCCCGGAAAAGAUAAAAUUCUCACUUGCCCGCCCACCUACGGAAUGUAUAGUGUCAGCGCCCAGGUGAACGAUGUUGAUAUCGUGAAAGUACCACUGGACGCGGAGAAUGGCUUCCAGCUCCAAACAGAGAAGGUCAACGCGGCUCUAUCGGCAGACCCAUCAAUAAAGUUAGCAUACAUUUGCUCCCCAGGUAACCCGACCGCCAACAUGAUCCGCAAAGAUGACAUUCGCAAGGUUCUAGAGCACCCGACAUGGAAUGGAGUGGUCGUGGUCGACGAAGCAUACAUUGAUUUCGCCCCAGAGGGGUCCAGUCUAGCCGAGUGGGUCACAGAGUGGCCUAACCUGGUAGUGAUGCAGACGCUCAGCAAAGCUUUCGGAUUGGCAGGUAUCCGCCUCGGAGUGGCAUAUACUAGCCCUGAAAUUGCUCUGCUCCUGAAUAGUUUAAAGGCUCCUUAUAAUAUUUCCAGCCCAACCAGUACCCUUGCUACAGCCGCUUUGAACGAAACCAACAUGGCGGUGAUGCGCAGCUACCGGGAGCAGAUUAUCGCACAGCGCGAUCGUCUUCUCCGUGAGUUGCCACAGAUUCCUGGCGUGGGGCGAUUUCUGGGUGGUCAGGAUGCGAACUUCUUGUUGGUGGAAAUGUUGGACGUUGAAGGAAAGCCUAGCAAUGUUGUUGCGUUGGCGGCAUAUGAGGCGAUGGCAGAGAAACGCGGUGUGGUGGUUCGAUUCCGUGGUAAAGAGUAUGGAUGUGAGGGCUGUCUGCGUAUCACGAUUGGUACGGAGACAGAGGUAAGUAAGUUCUUACAGGAGCUCCGAGCUGUUUUGGGCGGACUGCACGGAGGGAUCGAAAUCUAA